AUGCGUGAGUAUACGGAAAAGAAGGAAACAUGUGGGACCAUCUGUCUCAAGUACCUGCUCUUCAUCUUCAACUUUUUUUUCUGGCUGGCUGGCGGGGCCGUGAUGGCAGUGGGCGCCUGGACCCUAGCUGAGAAGAGUGACUACAUCAGCCUGCUCUCCUCCAGCACGUAUUCGGCAACUGCUUAUAUUCUGGCAGAUCCUGGUAUCCAGGUCCAGUUGCUCUGGGAGCUGGCUGGCGGGGCCGUGAUGGCAGUGGGCGCCUGGACCCUAGCUGAGAAGAGUGACUACAUCAGCCUGCUCUCCUCCAGCACGUAUUCGAGAGUGUACUUCAUAUUGUUGCUGUGCAUCUUUCUCCUGGAGAUCAUUGCUGGAAUCCUGGCCUAUAUCUACUACCAGCAGCUAAGCAUGGAACUGAAGCAAAAUUUGAAGAACACCAUGACCCAGAAGUACCGGAAGGAGGGAGAAGAGAGUGUUACCAGUGCAGUAGACAAACUGCAGCAGGAGUUCAAGUGCUGUGGGAGCAACAACUACACAGACUGGGUUGACAGCCUGUGGAUCAAAUCUCCUGAGGCCAAUGGACGGAAAGUCCCAGACAGCUGCUGUAAGACAAUAACUGACCUCUGUGGCCGAAGAGACCAUCCUUCCAACAUCUACAAGGAGAGCGGUUGCAUUACGAAGCUGGAAAACUUCAUUCAAGAGCAUCUGAAAAUUAUUGGGGCAGUGGGGAUCAGCAUUGCUUGCGUGCAGAUCUUUGGGAUGAUUUUCACCUGCUGCUUGUACAAGAGUUUAAAGCCAGAACCAUAUUAAUAGCUGCAGGAACUCUGUCGCUCCCCCUCUGCCACUUCCCUUAGUGCCUGCCAACCUGACCACUCUCCACCACCACCACAGAAGUGUCUAUAACCUGAGGACUUGGCUCUGUAAUUAAAUGCCUCUCAAACCAUGCACCGCCUUACCUGCCCCCAUGGGGGAAAGUCACCCUCCUUGUUGUGUACAAGCCAGAAGUUCAGCAGGUCCUCUUCAUUGUCAAGAAACAAAAGAGUUGUGGAUCUUCUGUGUGAAGCUUUAGCGAAACAGUCCCUUGAUAUAACUACGAAGCAAGGUUUAUCCAGGGCCAUUUCUCUUGAGGCUUUUCCUGAGCCAACAUGAAGGUAUCGGGAUGCUAUACAAGAACCACGGUUUGCUUUCUGAGAAGUGCUUCAGCAGCACCAGGCGUUGACUGUGAGGACAGAUGAUGUUUCUGCACUGAGUUGGAGCCAGAACUGAGUCUCUCAUACAUGGAAGAUUUCUCUCCCUCCUCCCGAGUGUGCACCGAUGUCCUAACAC